GCCUCCGAUAUCACCACCACGCCGCAGGCCUCUACGGCCUGGCCGCGGAGGGCCUCAGCCGGCCAUGGCCGCGCCUCGCCCCGCCGCUGCCCAGCGCAGCGCCACGCACCGAGGCCUCCUCGGCCGCCUCGCAGCCUGCAGCACCGGCCCCCGCAGCUGCGGCGGCCGCCGCGGCCCCCGCGGCCCCCGCAGAGGCACCCUCGGCCACUGGCUCGGCCCCUGGUGCGCCCCCGACAACGGCCUCGGGGCCGGCGGCCUCGGCCGCCGCCCAGCGGGAGCCGGCACCCGCAGCCGCGGCGGCGCUCGCCAUGUCGUCCCGGGUGGCAUCUGGGACCAGCACAGGGGCCUUGGGCAUGGCGGUCCCUAUAGCGAGCGACCCCAUGGCGAUCUUCUCGGCGGGCCUCGUCACCGGGGCCGCCCUCGUUUCCUUGGCGUUCUGCCUGGCCGCCAUGGCCAGGAGAACUGACGUCAUCAAGGUGUCAAAUGCGGACGCCGAGACGGGCGCCAGUGAGGCGGCUGCGCCUCCAGCAAGCAGGGUCGGAAAGGCGCCGACGGCCAAGGAGGAGAGGCCCUUAUUCGCGGAGGACGGCGACGACGAUCAGAGCGACAAUGAUGACACAUGA